GCGAGAUUUUAGGUUACGGCCAUUUUGGAAUACAGAACAUAAACGUUUUCAGUCACCUCUGAAAGUACACAACUAACUUUUACAAUAAGACAUAUUGAAUGUAUGCACAUUGAUCUUCCGAAUAAUUACAGUUUAGUAGUCAGUUGUGCAAAUAACAAGUGUGGGUGUAAUCUAGUCGCAGGAAAGAGCAAGCUUAUUUACUCCCAAAACAUAAAUUGGAUUUCCGAUUUGGGGAAUUUAGGCCUAGUAGGGGCUGCCAUCUCUUUUAGAAUUUUUCAACAUAUAUAAUAGAUCUAAAUAUAAUAUAUAGUGAUCUUAAUUAAACAGCGAAAAUGAUUAUUGAGGAUAUAGAAUCAUUAAAAGCGUGGAUGACAAAAACUUUAACGCCAAUAUGUGAUGCUGACCCGGCAGCUUUGACUAGAUAUGUUCUAGCUUUAUUAAAGAAAGAUAAACCAGAAUCUGAAAUCAAAGAGAAUUGUUUAGAUCAGUUAGAUGUUUUCUUACAGAACAAAACUGUAGCGUUUGUUGAAUCACUGUUUACUGUAAUAAAAGACAAGUCAUACGUUGGUCUGUACGUGCCACCAGCCCCAUCUGCUACUAGUAACACAAGUACAGAAGUCACUAGUGUACCAUCUGCUUCCUCUCCAGCGGUAUCCCAAUCAACACCAGAUAUACAACAAGUCGUACCAGACACAACUAAUACAGUAAAAGAACCGAUAAUUAAACAUGAUUCAAAAGACAGGAAGAAAGCAGAUGAUGUUGACAAUCGUUCGAGAGAUUCUCGACGUAAAAGAUCUCGUUCCCGAUCUCUAUCCCGUUCAACUAGUCCCAGAAGAAGAGAUAGUGAUGAUAGAAGAAGACGAUACGAUAGAAAUCGUUAUUCACCACCAAGUCGUAGAUACGGACGACGUGGGCGUUCUAGAAGUCCAGGUAGAAGAUGGUCACCUGAUCGGGAUAGAAGACGUUCAAGAAGUCCUAGAAACAGAUCACGUGAUAAAUCAAGGUCUAGAUCACGAUCGAGAUCACGUUCUAGAGGGAGACAACCAGAUAGUCGUGGAUCAACACCGACACAAGAUAACGGAAACUACAGUAAUAUUGUUACAACGAAUACUGGGUCUCGUAUACCCAGUUCUAUAGCUGUUGUUACCAGUAGUGAUGACUUAAGGAAAGAGACUACAGGAGCAGGUCCACGAUGUCGAGAUUAUGAUGAGAAAGGUUUUUGUAUGCGAGGUGAUCUAUGUCCGUAUGAUCAUGGUGUUGAUCCAGUUAUUGUAGAAGAUAGUGGAAUACCUUGUGUUAUACCAUUUCCACCCCCUACAUCAGGACCACCCCCUCCAGGACUUCCGCCACCACCUGGAAUGCCACCAAUACCUGCUGGUCCACCACCAAACUUCUCACAUCCUCCACCACCUAUCAGACCAAGACCUCCUAUACCAACAGAAGUUUAUAAUCCUGAAGCACCCGGUCUGACAGCUCCCCCCCGUCCACCAUUUUGGCCUAGAGGACCUAGACCACCGAUGUCUAGGCCUCCAGGACCUCCACCAGCAGUAUUUUAUAAUCAGCCUCCACCGAAUUCAUUGACCGGCCAACGACAGAGAGAUUUGGUUCAAGUUCAAACGAUGCCAGAGGAGUCUGAAGAAUCACCAGAAGGAGGAAAAGAUCCAGCAGAGAAAUCGUCGUCGAUUGAAUCUCGUGUUGUAGUACCAUCUAAGAGAACGUACGAUAUGAUAGAACAAUCAGCCGAUACACAUACUGCCGCUACAGCACCUAAAAGACAUUUUGACUUUGCAAGACUUGGUGGUUAUAGAAAACCCAACCCCAAUAUGGAGAAUAAUUGUCUAGAAGUUCGUAAAAUUCCACGGGAUCUUAACAAUAUUGCUAAACUCAACGAACAUUUUGGUAAAUUUGGAACUCUAACAAAUAUUGCGAUUAAUUAUGAAGGUGACCCUGAAGGAGCUUUGAUUACAUAUUCUGGUAACCAGGCAGCGUUUAGUGCAUAUCGUAGUAGUGAACCAGUAUUUAAUAACCGUUUUAUCAAAGUCUUUUGGCACAAGAAAUCUGAGGGAGGAAAUUCCAACAUGGCUGCUGGGAGUGAUAUGACAGGCAAUGCUGACACAGCACAGAUACCAAAUGAGGAGCCAAGAUCAUUAAAAUCUCGUUUAGGAACUAUUCCACAUCCUAGUAAAAUGUCCUUAAACAAUAAAACUAAAACAGACAAGGAUAUCGUCUAUACAUCGUCUGUGGGUAGUUUGAAGAAAACUGUGUUUAAUCCAACAGCAAGUUUAAAAACAUCAAAUGCUUUAUCUAGUCCAACAGCGGUAGGAUCGGCUGACUUUGUUAAACGAAUUGAAGAAAUCAAAAGGAAGGAAGACUUAAAACAGGAAGCUCAAAAGAAGAAAGUAGAAAUUCAGAAACAGAAACAGUAUUUAUUAGAGAAGGAAAUCAAUCAGCAGAAGGUUUUGAUAAAGAAAUUGGAGGACAACAAAACAAUGAGUGCUGACGAAAAAUCUGUUAUUAUGAAUCAAUUAAAGCUAUUAACAAGAAGUAUAGAGAAACUGAAAGUAGAUUUAUUACCACCAAAAACAACUUUUAAAAACCCAGAUGAAGCUCGAAAAGAAAUCUUGGAUACAGAACUUGAAUUAAUCAAUAAACAGAACUGUGGUGGUGAUACAACAGCUUUACGAUUAAAACUCACUCAAUUAACUAAAGAGGCUCAGUCAUUGGGAUUAUUUGGGCGAGGUCGUGGUAGAGGUGUCAGAGGUCGUGGAAUGAGGGCUAGAGGGGUCAGAGGUCGAGGAGGAUAUGGUCGUGGAAGAGGAGCAAGUGGUUCAAUGACCUUAGAUCACCGACCUAAAGUAUUGGAAGUUACAAAUUUUGAGUUGAGUGAAAAGGAAGAAAUCAAAGCUCAUUUCAGUCAAUUUGCACCAGUAGAGAAAUGUGAAUUUCUUGAUGCUGUACCCAGUGCCAUUAUAACAUUUACUACCAGAAAAGGCGCGGAGACAGCAGCUGUUCGGGGAUGUAAAUGGAAGAAUAAACAGUUAAAUGUAAAAUGGUAUUUAGGUAUUACUAGGACUGUUAGUACUGAUAGUGUUGGUAUAGAUUCAGAUGAUGAAGAGGCAAUUCUAGCAGAAGAGUUUGAUGAAGAUAAUUUGUUAGGGGCUGACGAUGAGGAAGAUGAGGAUGAAGAAAGUCGAUCAUGGAGAAGAUGAAUUGUUUUAAUUUAAAAUAUCACCAUGUUGAACUUUUGUAUGCAAAAUAGGAGAACAUGAUCGAGACUCUCGCACCCCCCCCCCCCUCCAAUAUAAUCACUGUCGUUGACAAACACUGUGUCUACAUGAUGCUUUUCUGUAUUCAAUCCUCUUGCCCUUUCUUCUUAUCUCCCUGUUUUAGUGUAGAUUUUAUUCCUACCACAUUUACAGAAAGUGUGACAAUAUAUUACCCAGUUAUAGUAGAAACUUUAGUUUCAUUUCUUAAUUUCAUACAACCACUUUAUUCUUCCCCUAUUUGCAGACUAUAUAUAUAUAUAUAUUACCUUUUUUGUUGUUUCUCAAUCUUCAUUAGCCCAGUUGGUGCAGAAAUGUCAGAUGUUAAACCCCAUUUCAUUUCUGUUUCCCAUCUUUAUCAGCCUGAUUUGUGCAGAAAAAUAAGAGUUAAACCCUCAUUUUAUUUCAUUUGUUGUUGGAAUGUAGAAAACUAACUUUUUUUUUCCUAUUUGCAAUUUGUGUGAUGAUAUUUAAAUGUUAUGUAGAUAUAUUUUUGUUAUGUAUAUAAAUGAAAACUGUUUUUAGAGAUGUUUGGUGUGAGAUGUGCAAGGUGCCUAUGUACAAAGUAUUUUUAAUUAUUAAUUAUUAACAAUAAAAAAUGUUUUCUGUAUUCAAAGAAACCUUAUUUUUCUGAGUUGUUGAAUUUUUUAAAUUAAAUUAUUCAUUGAUGUUGCCAUUCAGCAACACACAACAUUUUGGUUUGUUUUGUCAGGACAAAAAAAAAAACAUCUUGAGCGUAUAUUAAGAUUUGUUAGUAAAUAUUUGCCUUGUUUUAAAUUGUUAAUGAUAAUUAUUUUUGUUUAUUUUACAUUAUAAUGAUUUAAAUACUAUGUAAUUAUAUGUGUAUUGAAAGAUGUGGUUCUUGGGCUAUAUUUUCAUUUGAAUUAUUAAAACAGUAUUUUUUGGACAAAAAGAUGAGAAAUUAAUCAAUUUAUAAUUGCACUAUUUGGGUUUGCUUCUCUGGUGAUCCAAAUGGAGCCAUCUUGGCUCAGGGAGUAAGACGUUGGCGCGCUAACCUGGAGAUCCCAUGUUCGAUCCUAGCGUUGGCCAAGAAAGUUCAUCAGGAUUUUCCGGCGUGGUUCAGCCUUGUCAGUGGGGUAGGACAGAGGGCCUGGCAUAUGUGUUCCGAUGAGACAGAAAACUGAGGUCCCGUGUACACAUUGACAGUUUGAAUUCGAUUUAACAGUAAACCGUAGCACCGAUGUCUGGGUAAAAUUUCCCUCUCACCAAACUGUAUGCCUGUUUCUAUUAGCCCUGUCGAAGCAGAACAUUAAUCCAAUUAUUUUCAUUUCAUUUCUAGUAAUCCAAACAAAAAAUAAUCAUCUGUAUGUACCUGAGAACCAUUGAAUUUCGUAUUAUAAAUCUUUUUAACAAUUAAUAUUUGAUUUUGUACAUCAUACUCAAAUAUGACAUUCAGCAAUAUUUGAUGCUCUUUGAAAAAAAAAGAAAAAGACAACAAAAAAGAAUGAUUCAUAAAAAUAAAGUAAGAGCACAAAUUUAAAAAGAUGAAAAAAGAACACAAUUUUAAAAAAGAAAGAUGUCAAUCUAAAAAUGCUUAAAAUGUUGAAUAAAUUGUAUAGAAAGAAAAGAUAUGGCAAAAAGCCAUCAA